UAAAAAUUACACUACUCUGACAUUGUCUUCGAAUAUUAAUAUCGAACUUUUGAAUUGUUGCGAAUUAACCUUCCAUAUUUUCAAAUUGAUAUAUUAGGAGGCGAAAGAUAUUUUCACACAUGGAUAUAGAUUAACAGAAAAAAAAGAAAGAAAAAUAAAUAAAUAAGGAUGCGGAUUGUGUAAAGUUAAUAUUAUUUCACAACCGUCUUUUUACAUGAUUUUUUGAAGUUAAAUUUUAGAAAGGAAUUCCUAUUGAUACGAUAGAUGAAGCACGUACGAUAUUGCAAAUUUUAAACAACAAAAAUUAAUUUGAUUGAAAUGUCGGACGAGUCGGAAAAUCAAUCGGAACGAAUAAACAUUAACGAAGCAUUAUGGGAUCAAAAUACUUAUAUCGGUAGAUGGAAACACAUGGCUUUCAUUAGCGACUUCUUAACUAUUUUUGUGCCGAAAGAAAAAUUAUAUGAAGCUAAGAAACUUUGUAAUGAUUAUGCGUCGGGAGAUGAACCAGAAGAUUUGACAAAAGAAGAUAUCAUUUAUGCGAAGAAACUUUACGAUAGUUCCUUUCAUCCUGACAACGAUGAACUUAUGAAUCGCAUUGGUAGAAUGUCAUUUCAGUUUCCUGGUAACGCCAUUUUACUCAUGGCAAUGAUGACGUUUUACAAAUCUACGGCUGCUCUCCUAGGCUUGCAAAUAAUUAAUCAGGCAUUUACUACUAUUGUCAAUUAUACAAAUAGAAGUAUAAGACCCAAUGAGUUAAAUGAAUCUAAAAAUGAUAUAACAGUAGCAGGAGAAGCCUUUUUAUGUAGCGCUGCAGCUAGCAGUAUAGCGUCUUUUGGAUUAAAAAGAAUAUUCUAUUGCAAAGGACCAUUAUUCGCACGACUAAUUCCACUGGGAGGGCUGACUAUUGGAAAUAUGGUCAAUUUUGCUGUCAUACGACGAAAAGAGAUUAUAAACGGAAUUCCUGUAUGGGUUAUUCAUGAAGAACCUUUCAUGAAUUCAAAAAUUGCUGCAAUUAAAGGAGCUUCCGAAUGCUUUCUUACUAGAACAUUAACUGUGGCUCCAACAAUGAUUAUGAUUCCAGUUGUGGCAGAGUAUAUAAGGUCAACUUGUUUCUAUUAUCGUCGUCCAUGGGUCUUGUUUCCAAUCAAGCUGGGUUUAUGUCUUGCUUCCUUGUUAGUGAUGAUUCCCUCGGCAUUGGCCUUAUAUCCAAUAUGCAAUUAUAUGAGACCAGAUUUAAUGAAGAUGUAUCCAUCGGAAUAUAAUGAAUUUACAGAGAAGUUCAAAGAGGCAGAGCAGCCAAAUAGGAUUUACUAUAAGAAAGGAUUGUAA